AUGAAAACACUAAUGUGUGCCGAUGAUAUGACCUGGGAAUUUGCCGAGAAAAUAUCUCACAACUGGCUGCUUCAAUUCCUGAAACUUGACAUCAAGAAACCGAUCGCGAUGUUCAUCCUCCAACGCCAAAGAGGUGAUGGUCCCGAGUUUGCUAUACUCGAAAAGGGUUCCUAUAAUAUCUCCUUACGGAUGAAGUACAAAAACCAUGCUGUUGUCAUACGGCUAUGCCAGCCCGGUGCCGUAUUUUUCCCUAAGGAAAAAGUUGCGAACGAAGUUGCCACGAUGCGAUUUCUUACAGACCAGACAUCGAUACCUGUUCCAUUCAUUCUUGACUCGGGCACGAAGAAGGAAAGCCCCCUUGAACUAAGUCCAUUUAUUAUGAUGGAAUACAUCGAACACAAAACAAAUAUAUACGACGCUCUCAAUACCCCUGGAUGCCCGAAAAGGGAACGUAGAAUUCUAGAUCUAAACAUCGACGAUAAUAAGCUUGAGUCUUUAUAUGGUCAGCUAGCGGGUGUUCUACUUCAGCUGUCGAAGAUUUCUUUUCCUCGUAUAGGAUCUCUUACCCAGGUCGAUGAAUUCACCUGGGAAGUAUCGCGCCGACCCUUAUCAAUGAAUAUAAAUAAACUGUGUGACGAUUUACGACCGGGAAAUGUACUGCUCCACGAAAAUAUGCAAAUUGCUAGAGUGGUAGAUUGGGAGUUCACAUAUGCGGCACCAGUUGAGUUCUCCCACGCACCGCCUUGGUGGUUGCUCAUCGAAAAGCCCGAGCUUUGGCCAAAUGGCAUGGACGACUGGGAAAUUGUGUUUAAUCAUCGCUUGAAGAUGUUUCUUAGAGCGAUGAAAAGCCGCGAGGACACGGAGAUUCAAAAAGGUCAUAUGAAAGAGAACCAACGCCUGUCUAGCCAUAUGCAACGGAGCUGGGACAGCGGAAAUUUCUGGAUCGUGUACGCAGCGUUGAAUAGUUUCGCAUUUGACGCAAUCUACUGGAAGAAAAUUGAUCCCUUGUUUUUCGGGGCUGCUCAAAGUCCUGUGAGCAGCCCCGAGACAGCUUGGAAAGAGAGGCUCGGCCUACUAGGUGAGAAGGAAAUAGAGGAGAUGGAAGAACUUGUUGUUCGGAAGCUGGAGGAGAAAGAAACCAGGAUUCUGAAAUGGGACCCGGAUGAGUAUACUGUUGAAGCAAUAGCGAAAGCGGCUGAAGUGGAUAGAGCCCAUUAG